UCUUGUUGCUCUGAGAGACCAUGGCGGUCGCAGGCCUUUAAAGCGGUUCUUGAUCUCGGUAGCUGCUCCGGCGAGGCGAAAACCUAACUCAUAGGUGACCAGACAUUGAGCAACAGGAGCAAACACUGAGAAGACAGUAUGUAAACCAGACUGACAUGACCCCCCCGCCCCAGGAGUGUGGUGGAGGAAACCCCACCUGGUCUUGAGGGGCGGAGUGAGAGGACGACAGACUCACGCGAAAGGACGGGAACGCCAGGGACGGGAAGGCUCCAAGAGGUGACCUGAGAACUUGGCACUCCCCAGGUGGCGCAGGGCUUGGCCUGAGGAAAAGAGUGGUCCACGUUGUCCAAUGGCGGCUGUCCAGCAGGUGCUUGUUCCGGGCUGAAGGUGGCAGUGCCAUCACACACAGUCCAUGGCAUCAGGGGUCAGGCUCUCUACCUCCCCGUACACUAUGGAUUCCACACUCCGGCUUCAGAUAUCCAGAUCAUAUGGCUGUUUGAGAGACCCCACACGAUGCCCAAAUACUUACUGGGCUCUGUGAACAAGUCUGUGGUUCCCGACUUGGAAUACCAACACAAAUUCACCAUGAUGCCACCCAAUGCCUCCCUGCUCAUCAACCCAUUGCAGUUCACUGAUGAAGGCAAUUACAUCGUGAAGGUCAACAUUCAGGGAAAUGGAACUGUGUCAGCUAGUCAGAAGAUUCAAGUUACCGUUGAUGAUCCUGUCACGAAACCAGUGGUGCAGACUCAGCCUUCCUCUGGGGCUGUGGAGUAUGUGGGGAACAUGACCCUGACAUGCCUCGUGGAAGGGGGCACCCGGCUGGUUUACCAGUGGCUAAAAAAUGGGAGGCCUGUCCACACCAGCUCCACCAACUCCUUUUCUCUCCAAAACAACAGCCUUCAUAUUGUUCCAGUGACCAAAGAAGACAUUGGGAAUUACAGUUGUCUGGUGAAGAACCCUAUCAGUGAGAUGGAAAGUGACAUCAUUAUGCCUACCAUAUAUUAUGGACCUUAUGGACUUCAAGUUAAUUCUGAUAAAGGGCUAAAAGUAGGGGAAGUGUUCACUGUGGAUAUUGGAGAAGCGAUCUUGUUUGAUUGUUCUGCUGAUUCUUAUCCUCCCAACACCUACUCCUGGAUCCGGAGGACAGACAAUGUCACAUAUGUCAUUAAGCACGGGCCUCGCUUGGAAGUUGCAUCUGAGAAAAUAGCCCAGAAGACAACUGACUAUGUGUGCUGUGCUUACAACAAUGUAACUGGAAGGCGAGACGAAACUCAUUUCACCAUCAUCAUCACUUCUGUAGGAAUAGAGAAACUUGCACAAAAAGGGAAAUCAUUGUCCCCUUUAGCAAGUAUAACUGGAAUAUCACUCUUUUUGAUUAUAUCCAUGUGUCUUCUCCUCCUAUGGAAAAAAUAUCAACCCUACAAAGUUAUAAAGCAAAAGCUAGAAGGCAGGCCAGAAACCGAAUACAGGAAAGCUCAAACGUUUUCAGGCCACGAAGAUGCUCUGGAUGACUUUGGAAUAUAUGAAUUUGUUGCUUUUCCAGAUGCUUCUGGUGUUCCCAGGAUGCCAGCGAGAUCUGUUCCAGCCUCUGAUGGUGUACCAGGGCAAGAUUUGCACAGUACAAUUUACGAAGUUAUUCAGCACAUCCCUGCCCAACAGCAAGACCAUCCAGAGUGAGCAUUCAUGGGCAAAGCAAUGCAUUGAAGCGAAAUAAUGAAAGCACAUAUUGAGGAAAAACAGUGAAAAUGUAUAUUCAUCCAGCAACAGUGAAGGAAUCAAACCCGAUACCUCUUACUCAUCACUCCUUUUAAUGCAGAAUAGAGUCAUUUAUAAAAAUCAGACUGCAGGUUUUCCAGCAUACACACAAUGCAUUGUGCUGCAGAGGAGCAUGGUGGGGAAAGAGUUCUCAGCGGACAGUCUUUAUUGCCCUGACGGAAGGAAGAAAAGGACGGGACUUUCCAAUUACUUUUUCGGUAUCAAGUUUCCUACAACGCUCAAUUAAUUCUAAUCUAUAUGUUCCAUUUCAUCAGCAUUGACACUAUCCUAUCUAACCUACAAAUGUGGAAACCUUAUAUUUGUAAAAAUUUCAGCAGGCUUUGUUUUAUUAAAUUCUCAUUACUGUUAAGAUUGCUGUAUUUUUUUAUGUCAUUCCCAAACUUCCUUCUUGCUAUUUGUACCACAGAAUAAUAAAGAUGAUUGUCACAAAAGCAA